UAUAACUGAUGGUAGUUUGUCCCUCUUCUGUCUCCCUACCGUCAAAAAGGAGGGGUCGGAAGUGUCAGGGAUGAAAAGACGAACAAAAAAAGGGAAACUUACACAUGCUAAUAACAGAGAAGAAAAGGCAGGAUAUAAGAAAAUGAAGUGCCCCUCAGAUACAAAGCAAUCAGCUCUCGUACUUUCUGCUUUGAUUGCAUUGCUGGGAGUCUACGUGAUACCUCUGUCUGCACAACUCACCUUGUCAGAACCCCAUAGGAGAUCUGUAGUGUAUAAAAUGGAUGAAGCAUCGCUGACAGUUCACAACGAAUUGCUCAAUGAGAAUCUAACUCUUUCCUGGCUGUCUGAUCACUGUUACCAGUGCCUCUUCCAAAAACUGGGAGCCAUCCCUUCUGGAAAAGGGCCUGGCCUGCCCAGCUCCGCAGCGUUUUUUGUCAGCACACAGCACCCACUUACUCUCCAGGUGAACAGCACUCAAGACACAAGAGAACUGUGCAGGGUUCACUUUAGUUUUGGGGAACAUGGAAAUUACUCUUUGUGGAUAAAAAAUCUCAGUAACUUCACACAGAAGAUCACCUGUCCUAUAGUCAUUGACAAAGAACCUAUAAACAGUUAUCUGCCGAUCCUAAUUGCUUUCCUUGUUUAUGCUGGAGUAGCCAUUCUCAUAGCCAUUGGAGGCUUUGUGAUGGGACUUGAUCCAGUGAAAAAGAUAAUGUACAGGAUGAUCACUACAAUGGAGACAGAGAGACUCAUCAAUUCUGAACUGGGAUCUUCAAACCAAGCCUCUGAAUCCUCAUCCAGUGACCCGACCUUUCCUGCCCAUCGAGUGGCCACCUCACGACUCAGAUCAUUGGAUACAUUCAGAGGGCUUUCCCUCGUAAUAAUGAUCUUUGUGAACUAUGGGGGAGGCAGGUACUGGUUCUUCAGGCAUGAAAGCUGGAAUGGACUAACCGUGGCAGAUCUUGUGUUUCCCUGGUUUGUUUUUAUUAUGGGAACGUCUAUCACCCUUUCUCUUAACUCUGUGCUGAAACGUGGCUAUCCUCGCGUGAAGCUCUUUAGGAAAACUGUGUGGAGGAGCCUGCAGCUGUUCCUGAUAGGAGUCAUCAUUAUUAACCCAAAGUAUUGUAUGGGGCCUUUGUCAUGGGACUCUCUGCGUAUCCCUGGAGUGCUGCAGCGACUGGCAUUCACAUAUUUCGUUGUUGCAGUUCUGGAGAUACUGUUUUUCAAGGCCAGGCCAGAAGACAUUACCAUGUUUCUCAUUCCGGAGUUGGUCCUGUACUGGCCUGCUUGGAUCUUUAUUGUGGCACUGGAGACAAUGUGGCUUUGUCUGACGUUCCUCCUACCGGUUCCUGACUGCCCAUUAGGUUACCUCGGCCCAGGCGGAAUUGGGGAUUUUGGACAUCACCCGAACUGUACCGGAGGAGCUGCUGGUUAUAUUGAUCGUUGGCUCUUAGGAGAGAAACACAUUCACCAGACUCCCACAUCCCAUGUACUCUAUCUAUCAACAAUGCCUUACGAUCCAGAAGGAGUUCUAGGCUCUUUCAAUUCAAUUGUUAUGGCUUUCCUUGGACUGCAGGCAGGGAAGAUACUUCUAUAUUACAAAGACCUCCACGUGCAGAUAAUGGCAAGGUUUCUUAUAUGGGGAUUCAUGUUGGGGGGCAUUUCAGCCAUUUUAACUAAAUGUUCUCGAGACCAGGGCUUUAUUCCAGUCAAUAAGAAUUUAUGGUCAUUUUCCUACAUUACUACCCUGAGUUGUUUUGCUUUUAUAGUUCUGCUUAUAAUCUAUUAUGUGGUGGACGUGAGAAGGUGGUGGUCUGGGGCUCCAUUUUUUUAUCCAGGCAUGAAUUCCAUCCUGGUUUACGUUGGACACGAGGUGUUUCAAAACUACUUCCCCUUCAAGUGGAAAAUGCUAAACAGCCAGUCGCACGCGGAACACCUGGCACAGAACCUGCUUGCGACGUCCAUCUGGGUCUUCAUCUCCUACCUUCUGUACAGCAAAAAAAUAUUCUGGAAGAUUUAAUGCCAACCUGUUAAGACAGGCUGUUCAACAAAAAGACACUUGUACUGGAAAAGGAAACCUUUCUAAUCUCUUUGAUUUUUAAAUCAAUAUGGGCAGCCAUUGUGCCAAAUAAAUUAGAAACAGCAAGCAAUCAAAUUUGAGCCUCUUUCCAAGAGAUGAAAGGUGACCAGUUUACAACACCACCUUUUAAUUUAACAAUGCUGUAUGACUUAUUGGCUAUGAAAAUAUUGAUCUGUCAUAUUGGAAAUCACCUGAUUUGUCCUGGUCAGAGCUGGUGGUGGUUCUGGUUUUUAAAUGGCCAUGCUGGUUGAUUUUAAUUGGUCAUGCCAGUUCGAGAGACUGACAUUCCUGGUUGAAUACAUGUUUUUGUCUACACUCUUAUAUGAACUUAAUGUAACCCUACACGUAGUUGUAUACCAGCUGGCUCUCCAGAAAAAAAACAAUAAAUGUGUGGUCUAAUUCCAAGCUCCAGCAGUGGCUGGAAAUGACAGCCAUUGAUUUAUAAAUCAACCAAAAUUGACACAAUAAUCUGCAAUAAAUACAUUUCAUGUUUAA